AUGGCGGCGGACAAGCUCCCCGAUGCACUGCUACAGGAGAUUAGGAACCUGGUAGCAGUGGAGUGCAAGGAUGUCUGUAUGAAGGACAGAGCUGGAGGAGCGAACUCGGUACAGCAAGAAGUUUUUAUGCAGAAAGUAUUUCAUGGUUCCGCUGGCUAUGCCUCUGUAUUGGACAAACUUACUACUGGAAAGGGGGCAUAUGCAUCUCUCUUUGACAGGGUGGCAUUGGAGAAUAAUAGACAGGGUAAUGAGGAGCGCAGUUCAGGAUAUAUGCUGGUUCUGAAAGACAUUGCCAGCUGUGACGAAGGUGAGAGAACAAGUUCUAUUGAGAUUGGCUAUUGA